AUGCCGCAGGGUGACGAUCGCUUCCACCAAUCCACAAUACGACUCCUCGCUCCCCCUUUGCCCUCGACACACCGACCCUACCACGCCCCCGGAAACAUCACCACAACUCCGACCACGGCAACGAACCCGACGACGAGGACGACGACGGCCAGACCGACGACGGCGGACCCGUUCGCUACCGUUUCCACCACCGCCGCCGCGAAACCCGAGGCUUCUACAGCCGCCGUAUCUUCUUCUUCUUCCAACACGAACGUCAACCACAAGCGAUCGGGUUCACAGCCGCAGUCAAGUAACCCACGUUACCAUCCCGCCUCGCCCACCUCGACGACAUUGAGCCCCGGAGGGUCAUGGACAACUCCCGACAUUAGUCGGUAUGGUUUGACGUAUAGCGACACUACUUGCGAUCCCUCAUUCGACGCCGCGUCUAAGACGCUCCUGACCCCCAGGUCGGACCCGACCUCUCCGACUAUCAGGUCGUUUACAGAAUCUACCCAUCUGUCGAGACCUUCAACGUCUAACGGGAAGCGCCUGUCCGACGACGAAAACGCACACGAACGACCAAACCCGUCACCUCUGAAGAAGGCGCGAACUCGACUGGGGCCACCAGGGCACAUUAAGCUGCCAAAACAACCAACUGCGUCAGUCAUUCUGGCUAGGCACAACCAAGGGGUCGUCUCCCCUCUGUUCUUCUCCUCAAACAACAAACGACAGAUGCCGCCUCGACCAGCUGCUCUCCCUCCCUCCGACGCUGCAGCUGUCCUGCUAGCUCGUCUGAGGGAGGACCAAGACCGCGUUCACACUGUUCGCCUACCCCGCGGAACCGUUCAUGCACAAACAUCAGCAAGAUCUGGGAGUACGCCGGGGAGCAGUAGUCUAUCUUCUGCAGACGCCACCCUAACCUCUUCAAAGAGCCCAAAUAGCCAGCAUCUUCCUCAAGGACUGCAAAUUUUGAGAGGAGUUGGCGUGAUCGAACUUUUGGAACAGGAUGAGCGUCCAACCUUCAUCAUCGAUCUCGCAAAUCCCGUCAACGCGCAAAAAUCGGGACUGCAUUUGCUAUACGCCAAUGCGGCGCUCAGGGCUUCCGUGGGUGUCUUGGAAUUGCUUUCUGUGGAGGGUGACGAUGUCAUGAAGAACCCCGACUAUAUCAACUUCAAAACGUGGGCCACGAGCUUCGUCUUGAACCAUGAAUCCCUUGACGUCUGCCUUCCUUCUCACAGCUAUGGUGGCAUCACAUGGACAUGCUCAACCUUGCGCAAACGAUUUCGCUUCGUGAGCGGCAACGCUAGCGCCGUAUCAGCACCAGCAGACUCGCCUCCGUUAGCCGAUGAAUCAGCGGUGCUGGAACAGCGGAGUAGAGGGCCGACACCAAAUCAGCCAUCAAUUGUACCCAUGGAUGACGAACCCGAUUACUUUGGUGAUAUGGAAGGGGAGCCGCAUGAGCUGGACGAUACACCAAUUGUUGUUGACGAUUGUGUGAUGAUAGACAGUGGUGAGAAGUACCACACUGACGAGUUCACCCAACAGGUCUUCCAAGCAGCGAUGAUGAGGCCAUCGUUUGACUGGACCCGCAUUCAAACAACCCCGGAUUUGAGUGAACAUAUCCUAUUCUGUCGCAACACCGAUUGGGCCUCCACAUCAUUGGGUCCGUUGGAGCACUGGAGUUCAGAAUUGAGGGCCAUGGCCAACAUGGUUAUGGGUAGUCCCCACCCUGCGGCCAUGUACUGGGGACGGGACAAUGUCGCCAUCUACAAUGAGGCCUACAUUGAGCUUGCCGGACAAAAGCACCCUCAACUCAUGGGCAUGCGGUAUCAGGACGCAUGGAAAGAGAUCUGGUCGGAUAUCGAGCCUUUGUUCAAUAAUGCUUGGACAAAUGGGCAGUCAAUCAUGAAGAACGACAACCAGCUAUUCAUCCUUCGACACGGAUUCCUCGAGGAGACAUUCUUUUCAUGGUCAAUCAUCCCAUUACUGGGUUCUGAUGGCCAGGUGGUCGGACUCUACAAUCCGGCUUUCGAAAAUACCCGCCGCAAGGUCAACGAACGCCGGAUGUUGACUUUGCGAGAGGUGGGCGAGAAGACAGCUGCUGCUAAGGACGUCAGAAGCUUCUGGCCGCGGGUCAAGGAUGGAUUGGAGUUCAACGACUUGGACGUACCGUUUGCCCUCAUUUACUCCGUGAAGGAAGACAAUAGCGAGAGUGAAGUAUCUUCUAUGCACUCUGGAAGCAUAGCCCACCCACCAUUAUUACACCUCGAGGGCAGCUUGGGCGUUCCAGAGGGACACCCAGCUGGGCUACCCCAGCUCGACCUAAAGUCAUCAGACGAUGGCUUCGCUCCCUAUAUGCGCCAGUCUAUGACGAUGCAAGGUGCACCCAUCAUUCUCUCGUCGGAAGCUGGCAACCUGCCAGCAAAGUUACUCGAAGGCUUGGAGUGGCGAGGCUUCGGUGACCCAAGUAGGACUAUCGUUAUCUUGCCUGUCCACCCUACCACAGCCGGUGAGUCUGUCGUUGGCUUCAUCGUCUUGGGCACCAACCCCCGUCGACCUUAUGACGAAGACUAUCAGCUUUUUAUCCAUCUCUUGUCGAGACAACUUGCGACGUCCAUGGCAUCGGUCGUGCUUUUCGAAGAGGAGAUCAGAAGAGGACAGAGGGCUGCUCGCUUGGCCGCGAUGGAUCGUCAAGAAUUGCAAAUGGAACUCUAUUUGAGAACACAAGAGGCAGUCGAGAGCGAGUACAAGUUCUCGCGAAUGGCAGAAUUCGCACCGGUAGGCAUGUUCAUUGCUAACGACAAGGGCCUCAUCAACUUUGCCAACGAUAUGUGGUGGCAAAUUUCCAGGCAUCCCAGAACAGAAGACAGUGUCAACACAUGGAUGCAAAGUGUGAGGGAUGAAGAUCGAUCGGGCGUCGAACUUGCUUGGAGGAAGCUCAUUGAAGACAAGGAAGCCAUCACCAUUGAGUUUAGGUUCAAAUGCAGCCGCCAGAACGGGAUGAACACCAUCGAUACCUGGGUCCUCAUGAGUGCUUUCCCAGAGCAGACUCAAGAGGGCGACCUGAAGAGUAUCUUUGGUUGCAUCACCGAUAUUUCGCCUCAAAAAUGGGCCGAGGAUUUCCAGAAGCAACGCAGAGAAGAGGCAGUUGAGCUCAAACGCCAACAAGAGAACUUCAUCGACAUCACGAGUCACGAAAUGCGGAAUCCAUUGAGUGCGGUCCUCCAGUGUGCUGAUGAAAUCGUCAACAGUAUCACAGAGUACCGCGCUCAACCGCAGGAUCCGACACAACUCGACACCCUGUUGGAAAGCUGCACCGAAGCCGCCAGCACCAUCAACCUAUGCGCCAGCCAUCAGAAACGUAUUGUCGAUGAUGUGCUUACCCUUUCGAAGCUUGACUCGCAACUUCUGCUUGUGACACCCGUCGACUCGCAUCCGGUCACGAUUGUCAAACACGUCAUCAAGAUGUUCGAGUCGGAGUUAAACACACAUGAGAUCAAGCUAGACUUCUCGGUAGACAAAGCCUACAGCACUCACGCUGUCGACUGGGUCAAGUUGGAUCCAUCUAGGCUGAGGCAGGUUCUGAUUAACCUCAUGACCAACGCCAUCAAAUUCACCCAAGGCCGUGAGAAACGCGAAAUCACCAUGAAGAUGAGCGCAUCCAAGAAUAUCACCGAGGUUACCCAAAAAGGAGUGUCAUUUUUCCCGACCCGUAAAGAGAAGGAGGACGUUCGGGCUUUGACCCAGGAGAAGGAUUGGGGAACAGGAGAGGAAAUCAACCUCCAUUUCUCAGUCCAAGACACAGGUCCUGGUCUCCGCGAAGAUGAGAAAAAGCUUCUCUUCCAGCGGUUCUCCCAGGCAUCACCGCGCACCCACGUGCAGUAUGGUGGCUCGGGACUCGGUCUCUUCAUCUCUCGCAUGCUUGCCGAAUUACAGGGCGGCCAGAUUGGUGUUGUCUCCGAGAAGGGAAUCGGCAGCACUUUCGCAUUCUACGUCAAGUGUCGCAAGACGGAAUCACCUAGUCUGGAGUCGCCGUCUCUCUCGGCGCUCAACUUGGCGCAACCAGUCAAAAGCGAGCCAACUUCCGCACCAUCGACGCCUCCGCUCACAGCCCUGCCUAGAAGGGCUUCUAUCAAGAAGCCGGUGGCCCCUGCGACGCCGCUGUACGAUGUUUUGAUUGUGGAGGACAACAUUGUUAAUCAGAGGGUUCUGCGGAAGCAACUCACAAGCUGCGGCAACACUACAUACGUCGCUAACCACGGAGGCGAGGCCCUCGAACAGCUCAAGAAGUCCCGUUUCUGGGCUGGCAACGAGGCUGAGGGCUUUGAUCUCAGCGUCAUUCUUAUGGACCUGGAGAUGCCGGUCAUGGAUGGAAUCACGUGUACGAAACGUAUCCGUGAAUUGGAGAGGGAAGGCACUUUGACUAGGCAUAUCCCCAUCAUUGCUGUCACGGCAUACGCGCGGCCAGAGCAGAUCGAGAGCGCGAAAGCCGCCGGUAUCGACGACGUGAUUUCGAAGCCUUUUAGAAUACCGGACUUGCUGCCCAAGGUGAAGGAAUUGGUUACGAUGUACAAUGCACCACCUACUACCGAGGCCACGCCCCUGGCUUGA